AUGUCUUCGCACACUGUCACCUUUCUCGCGCUAACCGUCCUUUUCAUACACAACUGCCAAGCCAUAUCUGCGGACGAGGCUGUGAACCAGACAUGUUGGCCAAAAUACUCGGUUGCGCAAUUAUUUGAAGAUGUCUCAAACGACCCGAUACUCGAUCGUAACGACGUUGAAAGGACUCGUAAUGCCACCAGACAGCAGCUGCAAACAGAGAAGAUCUCAAAAGUCCAGAAUCCGAACAACGCGACCGAGUGGCUCAGCCACAUGACUGUUCCAGCUCCAAUCUUCGCCGUGAACAACACCAAGGCCAGCGCCUUCCGCGUUGAAGAACAGGGUUGGAGGAUCUUAGGUGCUGACCUCCAAUGGUGGUGGAGAUAUUACACUGAGGAUGACUGGACAUUACAAAAGGAGACUGAACUCAACAACUACACCUCUGAAGACGCCCUCGACUACAUUGCUUGGGAUCUUAAUAUAUACAGCGAGGUUGCAUUUCCGUGCAACUCAACACUCAGCACCACUUUGAAAGGGGACGAUACUAACUUGAGCCUCUAUGGGUCCGAGUUCAUCCGCGACUUCAGAGAAAAGAUAUCUAGCAUCCAACUAGUCUACGGAAACCUGACUAGUGGCGUCGAAACGAAAUAUUUAAGGGAUGCGCUCGAGGAUGCAAGCAGGGAAGCAAAUUCAACAGCAGAUGCCGCCAACUGGAUGGUGACUGCCUCGUAUAUGGGCGUCGGCUGGGAUGUGAAAUGUUGGGGUAACAUCAACGCGGCCCUGGAUCUAGCGACAGAAUGGGACAAGGCAGCAUCAUCUGCUGCUACGACUUUGAUGGCUCUGAUCCCAGUCUUGCUUACGUUCGGAAACUUGAUCCUUCCUCGGGACUCCGAAGCAUUCUGCUCGAGUUUGCUUGUUGGAUUGAUGUCUGCGGCCUUCAGCCUGGGGCUCCCGGGAAAAAGUAUAUCCGCCAUCAUACGAAGGUUGCACCGCAUCGAUGUCGGCUCAUUCGAGCACUACCGUCAAGAUAUUAUCAGCAAGCUUGGGAGGCGAGAAAAGGUAGACGGUCGCGCACGACCAAAGGCUCUCUAUAAAGUCACCUUCUUGACUUUGCAGAGCUGGUUAACUGCUCCCCCAGAGGAAGAAUCCAUCUCGCCAGACAAAUAUGCCAGAGGGCUGAGUAACACCGCCCUUGAUGCGGAACAAGUGACUUACUCAAACACCUUCUGGCACAUCCGUAAAGAAGUCGACAAAUGGAAGGACAGGCCACACUACUGGCAUAUAUUUGGCCUGAUGGUAUUCAUUGUUCAAAUAGCAAUCUUCAUUGUCGGAAUUGGACCCCUCUUUCUCAACAUAGGCACUCCUCUUUUCAUGUUCAGCUGCGAGCAAUAUCUUUCGUCCCUGUGGAUGCUCAUAACAGCUGCUACAAAUGCCGUGUUCAGAUUCGUCAUGUGGGAAUUCAGCUCGCACGAGCGCGUACGAGUAUAUGCGCUCUCAGAAAAGGCCAAGGAUUCUCUGGAUAAAUUCAUAAAGACAACGCCCGAAUCGAAUGGAGAAGCGGAGGGAACGCCGAAGAGUACGGAAACCGACCUUCCGCCACGAUACCAUCCUCUGGUCGCCCGCGGCCUUCGCGCUUACUACCGCACAAUGUCGUCUUCGGCCUCAAACGUCAAGAAACAAUAUCGUCGGAUAAGCAGGCAAAGCAGCCAAGAGUUGGUUGAGCACUCCAGCCUUUACCGGCACAACGAAGACAUAGACACCUUUCUCCAGUCGAUUCGGGACCAAUGUCUUUUCUUCUGGUACCAUUGGGUGCGGUUCCCAUUCACCCAGCCUUUGAAGUUCAUCCGGGUUGGGUUCUGCCGUGGUGAAAGCUCUACGGAAAGCGCUCGCCGCUGGCGGCCCGUCACCGUCCUCAUGCAUCUCUCCAGUAGCGGCCGGAAUCCUUUUGCGAAACUUUUGACCGGACUUGUGGAAGGAGCAAUCCUGCUCCUCCUCACAAUCUUCUUCUCGUCACAGUGGGGCGGCAACAUUUUCGUUGUCGCUUACACGAUUGCACUGCUUCUCGUCGUCGUCACUGCAGGUCGCCUUUUCAGCCUUUUCUACAUCUGGCAGAGUGCCAAAACUCUUGGCCUACACGUCAUUGAAUGCCAGAGCAACACUCAGAUUAGCGGUGCGCUACGAAUCCUCUGCAGCAUGACUGGCGUCCUCGUCGUAGUGAAUGGAGCAUACUACUACGAGGGCCACCGCUUGGACGAGAGAGAGAAGUGGAAUGAUUGGCGUGCGAAAUACGAUCGCGGAGACUACGACGAGGAUCAGAACCCCUCAAGCCCCAGAAGCCGGAGGGGGUCGGCCACUGAAGUCAGUUUCGCGCAGCAGGGGUCAGGCAGCAGGCUGAAACAAGCCUUGAGUGUCCGCAAAAAGCCAGUGAGGCCCAGCCCCCAUGUCACGCGGCAUCAAUCAGAAGGGAGCCAGUCGGCGAUCUUAUUGGAGGACAUUGGAUACCAUUCUCGGAUGCCGAGUGAUCCCAGUCUUGAUUUCACGAUGCCACGCACUCCUCAGGCUACUGCCACCCCUUAA